CACUGCUGCCCUCACUGGGGACCAGAGCCUGGAGAACAAGGUGCUCUCCAGCCCGGCACCUCCCCACGCCGCCAGCCAGGGGCUCCUGCCGCCGCUCUGCCCACGCCCUGCCACCGUGGCAGUGGGUCUGCCCCUCACAAUCUGGACGGCUGUUUUAUUUCUAUGGCAACAUUUCUCCCGAAACACUUCAGAGGGAGCCUGGUGCUGUUUGAUAAUGAGGGAAGCAGCGUCCCCCAUUCUGUCCCCUGCAAAAGGCUCGGAGAAACGACCCUGACACAUCUCCCCACCUCCUUCCCUCCCUGGCAAGCGGUACCAGCGUUGGUACAAAGAGCUGCUGGCCUUGUCCCAGCUGCCUCUCUGCUGCCUGCUCUCCUUUCCCCUGCCUUCAGCCGGGCUCUCCCCGCUCCCUUCCUGCUGGCGGCGAGCACAAGCACCCGCGCAGACUGCCCAGCUGAAAGGAGCCAGAGCAGGUGGAUGUGGAAAGUGCCUCUGCCCCAGAGGAGGGCAAAGCCCGGGAGAGCUGCACGGAUCGGCCCCGCCGCUGAGCGCGGGGCUGAAGGGCACCGGGCACCCCGAGCCGGGCACACGGGCGCUUCACCCUCUGAAAAGCUCGAUGGCACCGUGAAGAGGCGGUGCCUGCCGCGGGACCUGGCACAGCGGCCUCAGAACUCCUCUCCUCUCCUGUUCGCGCUGCUCCCAGCACCAAGAGAGCCUCGUGUCUGGGCGGAGGGGAGCAGGCAGGAGCCGCGGGCAGCGCCACAGGCGACAGGCAGGCGUGUGCCCAGGAGCAAUCGCAAUGGCAGCGCUGGUCCCAGCUCGCCAGAGGUGAAACCUGGAGCUGCCCAGUCCCACGUGAGUGCUGCUGCAUGAGCUCGCACGCCCUGCCAGCUCCCACGGCCCCCUGACACCCGAUGACCGAGCAAGCCAUGGGCAGCGUCCGAGUCAAUCGGUACAGCAUCGUCUCCACCGAAGAGGAUGGACACAAGGUCUCUACGCUGGGCAGCAUGAACGGGCACAGCCGGAACGGGAAGGGCCACGCUCCCCGGCGGAAGCACCGCAACCGUUUCGUGAAGAAGAACGGCCAGUGCAACGUUUACUUUGCCAACCUGAGCAACAAAUCUCAGCGCUACAUGGCCGACAUCUUCACCACCUGUGUGGACACGCGCUGGCGGUACAUGCUGAUGAUCUUCUCCGCCGCCUUCCUGGUCUCCUGGCUCUUCUUCGGCUUCCUCUUCUGGUGCAUUGCUUUCUUCCAUGGUGACCUCAAUGCGCCGGCGGUGGCAGGUAGCCCCUCUCUCCUCAAGCCCUGCAUCAUGCACGUGAACAGCUUCCUGGGGGCUUUUCUUUUCUCAGUGGAGACACAGACAACCAUCGGGUACGGCUUCCGCUGCGUGACCGAGGAGUGCCCGCUGGCCAUCAUGGCAGUUGUGGUGCAGUCCAUCGUGGGCUGCGUGAUUGACUCCUUCAUGAUUGGCACCAUCAUGGCCAAGAUGGCAAGGCCCAAGAAGCGGGCCCAGACCCUUCUCUUCAGCCAUCAUGCCGUGAUCUCCGUGCGGGACGGCAAACUGUGUCUCAUGUGGAGGGUGGGCAACCUGAGGAGGAGCCACAUUGUGGAGGCCCAUGUCCGAGCCCAGCUCAUCAAGCCCUACAUGACGGAGGAAGGGGAAUACCUGCCCCUGGACCAGCGGGACCUAAAUGUGGGCUACGAUGUGGGUCUUGAUCGUAUAUUUUUGGUCUCACCCAUUAUUAUCGUUCAUGAGAUUGAUGAGGAGAGCCCCCUCUAUGGGAUUGGCAAGGAAGAGCUGGAGACGGAGAAUUUUGAGAUUGUGGUUAUUCUGGAGGGGAUGGUGGAAGCCACAGCCAUGACCACACAGGCACGAAGCUCUUACCUCGCUAGCGAAAUCCUUUGGGGUCAUCGCUUUGAACCAGUCGUGUUUGAGGAGAAGAACCACUACAAAGUGGAUUACUCGCGCUUUCACAAGACGUACGAGGUAGCUGGCACACCUUGCUGCUCAGCCCGGGAGCUGCAAGAAAGCAAGAUGACCAUCUUACCUUCUCCUCCACCUCCCAGUGCCUUCUGCUACGAGAAUGAGCUGGCACUUGUCAGUCAAGAUGAAGAUGAAGAUGAUGAUGAAGUGGGUGUGGUGUUAGGGGGCAACACCAAGGAGGAGGGAGGUAUCAUCCAGAUGAUGGAUUUUGGAAGCCACCUGGACCUGGAGCGGCUCCAGGCAACUCUGCCUCUAGAUACAAUCUCAUACCGCAGGGAGUCAGCCAUCUAACUCCUCCAGCCUCCCCGUUCCUCACCCAUUGCCUACAGUCUCCUCCGUUCCGUACCCAUACACUGGAUAAGUUCCUUCACCACCAAAUAAUGCCUCCCAUGAUUGCCUCUCAGCCCCAAACACACCAAGGCCUGGAGCUGCUCGGAUAUACUCCCUUUCUCACCAGGUCCUAAUGCCUGGGAGAGGAGUGAGGAUACACUGCUCUUUCUGGGUACGCAGCUUGGGCUAGAACCCCUUCCCUGCCCAGAGACAGGAGGGCAGCAGGCCUGGUUUCUUGUCUCUGGAGAGGUGACAGGAGUCCCUGCCUUCAGUGGACAGAUUGGGACCCACAGCAAGUGUUUCUGCUGCUGAGGCGGGAGCAGACUUUCUGUCCCCUCUCACUAUGGGUAGGCCCCAUGGCUGUCAAGGGUCAUCGCCGUCGCUGGGAGAGGAGCAACACCUAAGCACUGACCAGAUGAGGAUAGAAGGGAGAGUUUGGGACUCUUGGAGGGAGUGGGGAAGGAUCUCAAGGAAGGAGUUUACUUGCACGUUUGUUGCUUGUUGCACAUGAUUCUGUAUAUAAAAGAGAAGGAGAACUGAAAUCGAUAUUCUCCCACGGCAAAUGCCAAGCUAGGAGACAAGGACAUUCUACAUAGGCUGCUCUGCACUCUCCUUGGCUUUUGGUGUCUGUCACCUCCAGAAGCAGCUCGGCUCCAUGGACUUGGAUCCAGUUCUCCCAAUCCUCUUGAAGAACAUGUCCUGCUCCUCUCCUGAGAUACCGGCGGAGGAGGCAGAGCCCUGUGCUUACCACACUCAGACUGCUCCCUGGCGCAGCACAGCCGGGAUGGCACACAGGUGACCUGACUGGACAGCAGACCCUCCACUUGCUCCUUUUGCCUCCUCCAUUCUUCUCCCUGAUGCCAUCAGCUGUAAAACAGAAUUUGUAACUAUUUAUUUUUAAUAAAGUCUAAUAUCCCAAGGGGAGGUUUGGAAGCAAAGGACAGACUCCAAGGCUGCAGCCUGGUAUAGAGACUGAUGAGGGUUAUUAGGGCUGGUGUUUGCUAUUUGUAUGGCAUUGGACCCUGGAAGCUCCACCACGAGGGCUCUCUUGUUCUGGACCUCUCUGGUAAAGGCCUAUAACAAGAGACUCAGAGAAUUUGCUCAGGGAGAAGGUCUUACAAAUGUGUGUAUAGGGAAUAGUCUGCAUUAAAAUCACCAGUAGAAUUG